AUGACACAUCUAACAAAUCAUUCGAGAACUUUGAAGCUAGAAUUCAAUCAUCUGAAUUUAAGACGACAGUACAUUCAAACGAGUUCAAAGCUCCGCGCCGUGGAAGACGUCAAGGCUCCUACGUUUCCAGACUCGAUAACAAGCGGAGAUGUUAAGUUAAUAAAAAAGGAAGGUGAUGCAGUAGCGGUAGAUGAAGUGGUACUAGAAAUAGAAACGGACAAAACAGCGCUUCCAGUGAUGUCACCUGGAGACGGCAAAAUUGUUAAAAUGCUUGUUAAAGACGGACAAUCUGUUAAAUCGCAGCAAGUGCUAUUUCAAGUUGACGUGACUGGUGUAGCGCCUGCCAAAGCAGCAGCACAUACAGCAGCCCCCGCAGCAGCGGCACCUGCACCUGCAAAAGCCCCUACAACAGCCGCACCUACUGCACCUGCCACAGUUGCAGCUAAACCAGCACAAGCUGCACCAAUUGCAGCAGCUAAGCCCGCUGUACAAACAGCGGUUGUAAAGAAAGUUACACCACCAGCUGGUCCUACAGUCGCAGCGCAAAAAAUUGGCGAUCCAACUAAAGCGAUAUCAGGUACACGAACAGAACUUUCAGUGCCUAUGAAUAGGAUGCGCAAGCGCAUCUCUGAGAGGUUAAAGGAAGCUCAGAAUACUACCGCUAUGUUGACGACUUUUAACGAAUGCGAUAUGAGCAAACUAAUGGCAUUCCGGAAAGCGAAUCUUGAUACAUUUACAAAGAAAUAUGGCGUAAAGCUAUCGUUUAUGUCGCCGUUUUUAAAAGCAUCAGCCAACGCUCUCAUGGAUCAACCGGUCAUCAACGCAGUUAUAAUGGCCGAUAACAUUGUUUACAGAGAUUAUGUAGACGUAUCAGUAGCAGUUGCGACACCAAAAGGCUUAGUAACGCCAGUAGUCCGGAACGUACAAACCAUGGAUUUCCCACAGAUUGAACUAACGUUAGCUAAUUUGGCGGCUAAGGCGAGAAAAGGGAGUCUGUCGCCCGGUGACAUGCAGGGCGGCACGUUCACGAUCAGCAACGGCGGCGUAUUCGGCUCGCUGCUCUCGAUGCCGAUCAUCAACAUGCCGCAGUCUGCGAUACUGGGCAUGCACGCGAUUGUUCAGCGACCCGUCGCCGUACAGGGGAAGGUAGAAAUAAGACCAAUGAUGUAUUUGGCACUAUCAUACGAUCACAGACUAAUCGAUGGACGCGAGGCUGUUAUGUUUCUACGAAAAGUUAAAUCGGGUGUUGAAGAUCCAACGUCAAUUUUAGCGGGAAUUUAA